ACGAAGCCAUAGAGGCUGGGGUCCUGUCUACUGGAGUCCUGCCUGAUCUCUCAACACGCAAAUUCCUACGGGAUGGGCUAGCUAGCGGGACGGAGCCGAUUCCGGAAGCGCUGUCACGUGUCCGCUCCCUUUAUCAAUAUUGGGAGCUGUCGUCGACAAAACCCUCUAAUGGCUGUACGACCACCAGAAUCGACGCCGAUAGAAACUGGGCAUGAUGAUAUGAUCCAUGAUGCCCAGCUGGAUUAUUAUGGGAAACGACUAGCUACUUGCUCGUCAGACAGAACAAUCAAAAUUUUUGAUGUCAUUGAAGGUGAACCUCAAAGGCAAACUGGAGGCCAAGUGCUUAAAGGGCAUAAUGGGCCCGUCUGGCAAGUCGCGUGGGCACAUCCAAAAUUUGGUCACAUCCUCGCUUCAUGUUCAUACGAUGGCCGCGUCUUGAUUUGGAAGGAACAAGUUGCGACUCAAGGCUCUAACCAGGCCACAUGGACUCGUGUGAAAGAGCACUCGCUACACACUGCGUCAGUGAAUUCUGUUUCAUGGGCUCCCCACGAGCUCGGCGCUAUUGUUGCAUGCGCAUCAUCCGACGGAAAGUUAUCCGUCCUCGCUUUCAAAAACGAUGGAACAUGGGGAGCUGACAUUUUCAAUGGACACGCAAUUGGAUGCAACGCAGUCUCUUGGGCCCCUGCCAUUCUUCCUGGUUCCCUCAUUACACCUUCUGCACCUGCUCAAGGCCAACAGCAAUCCUCGCAACAGUUAUCUGCUCCAUCACCUGUGAAACGCUUUGCCAGCGCAGGAUGCGACAACCUAGUUAGAAUCUGGACAUUUCGCGAAGACACACAGGCAUGGAUUGAGGAGGAACAGCUGGAUGGGCACACUGACUGGGUAAGGGACGUGGCAUGGGCUCCAAACAUUGGGUUGCCUCGUUCCUAUAUUGCCACUGCUUCUCAGGACAAAACUGUGAUUAUCUGGACGAAAGAUAGCCCGAAUGCGGCUUGGGACAAGACUUAUCUCGAUCCCAGCCCAGCAGGUGUGCCAAGCGGCACGCCACCCAAAUUCCCUGAUGUGGUCUGGCGCGUGUCGUGGAGCUUGGCAGGUAACAUCCUUGCUGUCAGCUGUGGCGAUGGCAAAGUUACGCUCUGGAAGGAAAACCUGAAGGGGGUCUGGGAGUGUGUUAGUGAGAUGCUCCAGUAAUGGAUUCUUCACGCUUGUAGAAAUAAUUCACCGGAAUUCGACUAAUUAUUAUCAGUUGUCCGCGUAUCACAUGGGUGUUCCUUUUGAAAUAGAGAAG